ACAUGAGUAUUUGAUAAAAAAACUGACGAUAAAAAGCACGAUUCUUGAUAAAAACAAAAAAUUUUUUACCAAUAUGUCUUACAGAGGAUAUUCUAGUCACUUGAAUAUAAAUUUUUUCUGUUUAAAUUAGAAAAGAGAUCUUUGCGAAUUUUUUCUUCAAUGGCAAUGUCAUCCACAGAUGGAGCUAAAGCUUUGUUCUUGAACGACUAUAACAUAAAAUUCUUUCAAAAACGAUUUCCGCAAACGUUGACUGGUGGUUUACGAUUUAAAAUUGGUGCACAGUGGUAUAUUUACUUCUAUCAAGUCUUUGUAUUUUUCUUUCCUGCUUUAUUUGGUGUGUUGUUCACGAUCUUGGCUGAGUUGAAGAUCUUUAAUGAUUAUGUAUGGUCCUACAUUUACGGUGGUUUGCUUGGAGUAACUCUUGCGUUUGUUCAUUUGCUGAAAUUUUACAUGAAGAAGUGUCCAGACAAGGAAAGGCCUGAAAUUAACAAACAUAACUUACCAACUGAAAAUGAUCAGAUCAAGUUUUCUUCAUGUUGCAACAAGGAGAUCUUUUGGUUUAUGUUUCCGAAAAACUCCUGCGUUUUACUACGUAUUUUGGCGAUAGUUUUAAGCAGUGGUGCAACUUUUCUGUAUCUGCAACCUUCUGUGUUGGAGGAUUUAGGUUUUAAUCAUGAUUCAACAAUUAUUCUGUUAAUAUUUAACUGGUUAACGUUAUGCAUUGCCAAUUAUUCAUUAACUGUCUAUCCUCCACCAGAAACUGCUAUGUUUCGCACAGUGAAUAAUUCAUGGUAUAGUUCACUCACAAGAUCGUUGUAUGUUGGAUCAAUUGCUGUAGUUGGAGUUUUAGCAAGGCACUACUCCAGUUUAAAGAUGAUCAGUAUGGUUCUUUGUGUUGUCAUGGCAACAUUACCUGGACUUUGGACUGUAGGUAUUCUGCCACCAAUUGAUGCAUUAUUCCCAUGGCUUGGUGAGCAAGUUCUUGUGUUUGUACUCGGUGGUACGUACACAACAUCAGAUGUCAGCGUGUUUUAUAAAAAUCACACAUUACUGAUAUCAUAUUCUGCCGCAGUUGGAUUUAUUCUCAGUUUUGAUCUUUGGUAUAUUGGUCAUUCAGCCAUAACAUUCUUUACCAGGGCAAAGGAAAAGCUUUCACUGUCACAUUUAAUGAUCGUUGUUAAGUAUACAACUAUGCUCUUUCUAUGUGUCGCAACAGCUGGUAUUUCUAGUCAUUUUUGUGAUAACGCGAGCAGAAAAACACUUGACAUUUUUGGCUACGUUUUUGUGUUUUUAUUUGUACUACUGAAAAUACUUGGAGAUUUGAAUUCUGUCUACGUCGCGUCUGGAUUGGUUAGAAAUCCAAUUUACAUAAAGAGCGUCACUUCAGUUGAGAAAUUGAAGGAAUUUCAAAGAUCACAAAGAUAUGUUGGUGUUAUUUACGACAUUGUUCAUUGCUAUGUUUGUCCAUUCCUUAUUGUGGGAUUUCUCAGCACAUUUCUUGGAAAUCCUUCAAACAGAGACAUCGGAUCAUUUCUUAAAGUUAUAGGAAUCAUUCGAUCGUUAAGAUGGGCAUGGCAGAACACUUUCAAAUGUUUAUUUGAAAUCGUUAUCUAUUGUGUUGUAAUAUUUAUGAACAUUCAAAACAAAUGGUGGCACGAUUUGGGGAUUGGGCUUCAACUUCUUCUCAUUGGUAUAAUCAUUGACAGACUGGUGGAAAUCAUAACAAAAUUAAAAUUUAUGUUUACUGUGUUUGUAACAUCGUGGAUUGAGCCAAAACAAAGACAUUCCUUAACCAUUCCUACAUAUAUAACAUCACUCUUACUUAGUCCACUGGUUCUGGGUAUUUUAGUUUUAUCUGUGCUACUAUCUUCUCCCCUUACACCUCUCUUUUGUUUUCCUAUCUUUUUUGUUGGCUUUCCUCGCCCAAAACGCGCCUGGCCGUCAUUAAUCAUGCAAAUGUUGGGCUCCAGUGAAGGUUCUAUCUACUACAAGCAACUUAUGCCAAAAUUAGUAAAUCAACUACGAAGUAUGUUUUCUUACGGUAAUCUUACGAGCAAAAGCGAUUUCCUGCUCAUACGCUAUCAAGAUCGCCUUAUCAUUGUACAGAUUCUUGAAAAGGGAUAUAAAUAUUGUAAUGUGAUUGUCAGGGGACUCGAACUCCAAGAAACUUCGUGUCAUACUGUGGAAGCAGCGCAAGUAGAUGAGAUAUUUGAAGAUACUUUUACGAGAGAACGCAAUUCAUUAUUUGGAUUUAAUUUUAACUAUUGGUUAAAUACUCUAACACCGUUAAAUUGCUUCGUUAUCAACACUUAUUCCGACGCUCAUAGUGUCCUUACAGGUAUAAUUGAUCAGCCAGCAAACAUUUCUCAACAAUGUACUAACUUUAUGAAGUGCUUGAUUUGGGUGUUGUUGAAGUAUAAGACCAGUGAUAAAGAUCGCAACAACAUAAAAACAUCACACUUGAGGGAGAACAUAAUGACUUUGGAAACUGAUCCCGUGAUAUCCCUCAACGACAAUUAUAGUAUACCAAAGACAACAGAAACAUGGUGCGAUUUUAAAACCAAAAAUACCACAAAGCUGAAAGGAAUAGAGCCAAAAGCACGUGAAAAGACAACCAUGACAGACGUCGAUGAUUGGUACGAUAGAGAAUGGUCAUCAAGUGACGUAAGCGAAAGUGAAGAAGAGGAAAGCACAAAAAUACAAAUGUCAUAUAGUACAGGAAACGAGACAGUGAUAACGUUUGGUUUGCCCGCACAGGACAUAGGCAGCAAAACAAAGUUACAGAAAAACGCAGUGAAAAAAUCAAACCUCAUACUUCCAACUCGAAAAAUCGCACCAAAAGUUAUAAGCAAGCUUUCUGAUGACGCUGAAAUUAAAGGUGGGCUGCUCUCACAUUGGAACUAUUUGCUUCGAUCAUGUCAAAGAUAUGUACAAGAAAUCGAAUCAUAUUUCCCCAAAGAAUGGUUUAGUUAUGUUCUAAAUAGCUGUGACGAUUCCUUCCUAAAUGACGAGAUAUCAGUUGCCAUGUAUCGGAAUCUGAUAUUGAAAUGCUUCUCAGUUGUAAACGUUUGCGGUUUACAUGGAAAUGUAUUAGAAGCUGGACCUUCACAUAUAAACAAGGUGUUUCAUAACAAGAUUCCCUGGUCACCUGAACUGGAUAUGAUGGAACAAGACAAUAAACUAAAGAAUUUGGUUUUAAAAGCUUACAGGUACGCAUUUAAAGUAACGUAUGACGAGGCGGUCUUUGGUGAGUUCCAUGAUGACAAUGAAUUAAAUAAGAUGUUACAAGAUUUUGAGGUAAACUGGCACAUUGGCAUUGAAAAUAACCAGGAUUGGAAUGCAGCGAUAUUGGCUGAAAAAGCUUGUUUAUUUACAAUAGGAUACGAUUCUGAACAGAGUGUAUUCACUAGUCAUCUGCUGACUAAACAAGAUCUCAUAAUGUAUAUUGGGACUCUAAACAGCGAAGCAGUACGUGGUCAGUGGUCAUCUCUAGCUUUCGAACUACUUUAUUUAACAAACGAUGAUGAAGAGCGAUAUAGCAUUCAAGCACAUCCUGUUUUGCUACGCAAUGUCACUAUGCAAGCAGCUGAGCCACCAUUAGGUUAUGCAGUUUAUUCCUCAGGAUCUUUGCACAUCACAUUUUGACACUGACAUAAUUGUGAGGAAAAUGAAGCAGUGAUUUGCUUCAGUUGGUGUCAUCUUUCUAUGUAUUUUGAAGUGAACACUGCUUACUUAACUUGCACUUAACGACCAUUUUUAUUGUCCGCAGGUAAACACAAUAAACUUGUUUGUAGGUGGAAAAUCGAAGAGAGCUGAACAUGAUGUAAAUUAAAUAAUUUCAUAUAUAUAAUGUGAAUAAUAGGAACUUCGUAAAUAAAUUAGGGAAAUUCACACCUGCAA